AUGGAGUCAUGGAAUAGGCAUAUAUAAUUUGAUGGAUAUGCGAGAGAGCUAAUUAGUGCGGCUAAAUGUGUCUUUCCAGGAAGAAAAGAACAGCUAGUAAAUCUAAAUUGGGCAUUAACAAGAAAUUAGAGUUUAAGAAACUCUGGUCAUCAUUAAUAUGCAAAUUGUUGGCUAUAGUACUUGUCUGGCCUCAUGGAUGGAUCAUCGACCUUUCCUAUAUCUCUUCCUUUCUCUCUCGACCUUUACUACAUUUUACAAUGGUAUUGCCCCAAAUUCCUCGACUGUUGAGAUCUCGAUGAAAUUAGGGGUGACAGUUCGGUUAUCGGUUAACCGGUCGGUUAAACCGAUAACCGGCCGGUUAUUCACUAACCGAAGUAAUCGAACUUUGGUCGGUUAUCGGAGGCUAGACGAAAUGGUUUUUGGUCUUAAAAGUGGGUCGGUUAACCGAUAACCGAGAUAAUCGAGAAAUUGAAACCUAUUUUGAACGGUUUUCGAUAGGGGGAGUGAUUAUAUCGGUUAACCGAUAACCGGCUGAUCGGUUAUCGAUUAUAACCGAAUAACCGAAAUGCCACCCCUAGAUAAAAUACAUUGGCCUAAGUAGGAACAACAAGCCCAAUGAAGGAAGAAACAAAGGAGUUAAGGAAGUAAGGAAAGCCAAAACAAGCCCACAAAAGAAACAAAAACUAUUACAGCCCAAUACUUAAACAAAACCCUUCCACAACAAACAACCCUAAAAUCCCUAGCACACCCAAAAAGAAGCCACCGCUGAAUAUAAUCCAAUCUUUCCUUAAUUGCUAUUCCUUACUACUUUAUGUGCUUCUGGACUUGUUUCCCUCCUCUGGCUUACCUAUUUUUGAGUAGAUCUAGCUGAAGUGUGUAACUCUUGAUUACUAGCUUAUAACCCGGCCCGUUGGCCGGAAUGUUUAUAUUUGAUGUUUUAUAUUUUUUAUGUUAUGUUAAAGUUUAUCAACCUGUUUAAUUUUAUUGACAAUCUUUCGAUCGAGAUGAUACAUAAAAAAGAAUAUAUAGGUCGAACAUUCAGAGAAAUAUCAUCAUCAUUUGAGAAUAUAAAAUAUAAAACUGUAUCAUUGAUUUUCAUAAUGAUAAUUAAUCACAGUUAAAAUGUUAUUAGUUAGUUGAUUGUUAAGAAAGAUAGAAUAUAAAAGCUCAUUGGAAUUCACACACGACCCAUAGAUAGUUUGAAACUGAAUCUAAAAUCUCACAAUCCUACAUAAAUGGUUCAAUGCUCUCAUUUUGCGGGCAAUAUACCGCUAAUCAAAAAGAAAUUGAGAGUUAUAGGUUUAAGUCAACUAUAUACUAACAACUCAGCUAAGAGGGGACCAUCAAAACUUAAAAGAAAUUGAAAGUUAUAGGUUUAAGCAUAAAAUUAAAUUUAUAUUGAAAAAUGCAAGGACACAACGCGUAGUAAAGAAAAUAGUUUCGUCCAUGUUAGCCAAUUACCAAUUUACCUUUAGCGAAAAUUAAGGAGAGAGCAUGAAUUUUAAAAUGGAUAAUAUUACUUGAAACUCUACUAUGAAAAUUGAAGUAUUAAGCACCAUGAAAAUACAUGCGGUAGACUUAGUGCGCUUGUUAAUAAUGAUGGAAAAGUCCUAUGCUUUUCACAGUGUAAAUACAUGUAUGUUUUGUAUUAAAAAAGGAACAAUAAAUAUAUUUAGUAAAAUUGGUUAUGACUGGUAUCUUUGUUUGAACAGACCCAGGUUCGAGUCUUGAUAUUGAUAUUUUUUAUAUUAAAUAAUUAAUUAAUUGUAAAGACAAAAAUGUCCUUUCUACUUUCACUCUCGUUGCAGGAAAUUUGAAAUGGAGAAAAGUUCACAAAACUCUACUAUAUAUUAUUGGAGGAUGCAAUUAACGUAUAUAUUUUUUCGGUGAGGAAACGCUAGCGUUUGACAUAAACGAUUUACACAUUGACUUUUUGAACAAUGAUUCUAAAUGCGGUUUAUACCUUUUCGAACAAUGUUUGAACAAGAGUAUUUGAAGUCUUUUUUUUUUUAAUGAUUUUUUGAGAAGAAGCUAUGUUAAAUUACUCUACUUCUGUGGAGCAUAACUUUGUGCUGCACAACCAUGCAAAACAUACCACAUUAGUGCCACAUCAUCAAUUAUGGAAGGUUUUAAUAUUUUUCCAUUGUGUUGUUCAAAAUGGUAUACACUUUCAUAUAUUUUGGGAAUAAUUUUUUUUGAUGUAUUUGAUACCAGUCUAUACCAUGGUGGUAUUGUUUGGUAUUAUAUAAGAGCAUACACAUGGUAUAUAAGUGUAUCAUGGUGAUAUGAACAUACUAGACUGUAUAAUGGUUGAAAACAUGAUGGCAAGAAUAUAUUAACUGUCAUUUAUAACUUUCAACAUUGUGUGCCACAACUCAAGAUACCACCGCUAUACCAGGGUGGUUGGGGUGUUAUUUUUUGACCCCGUAUCUUUUCCCCUAGAAAUUUGUAGAUCCAAUAGAUCAUGAUGAACUCGUUCCUUUUGUGGAAUUUUUUUCAAAAUCAACUUAAAAACGAAUGAGAUACCAUAUGGUAUGGAGGUGGUCACGAAACUCAAGAUACCACCCCAAUACCAGGGUGGUUGGGGUAAUAUUUUUUUAACCCCAUAUCUUUUCCCCUAGAAAUUUGUAGAUCCAAUAGAUCAUGAUGAACUCGUUCCUUUUAUGCAAAAAUUUUCAAAAUCAACAUAAAAACGAAUGAAAUACUAUAUGGUAUGGAAGUGGUAACGAGUGGCGUAAAAUCUUUUUCUCGAAAUAUAUUGGAAAUAUAUUGAAAACAUAUCUCAUUUUGUAGAGUACAACGAACUUGUUCCAAAAAUAAAACGAACUUGUUCCAUCUGCGCAAAAAAAAAAAAAAAUCCAAGUUAAAACGAAGAAGAUAAGAGCCGAUUAAAAAACUAGAGAAAAUAAAAAGACUUUAAUUGCCAACUCUUAAAUCGGGAGUCCAUUUAAAAUUAAGGGCCAAGAUUUAGUUAUGCAAGGUUGUACACCAUAGAAUUAUUGACACUAUCCAUAGCCGAAUAGUACAUUGUUCGACUUUACACGUUGUCUAAAGAAAACAAAGAGCAAAACAAUACAUAGUGAGGAUUGCUAUUCGUCGACUAAACAUAAUGAGAAUUAUAAACAAAAAAUAUUACAAAGAGUCCCUAUAAUACUUUUAGUCUACAUUUUAACUCCAAAAUCUCUAAAUUUUUUUGGCAACGAUCUCCAAGUCUACUUGAGGACUAGCUCUCCAAUCACUUGUGUUGGCAAUAACAAUUAUCGUUUCCUGUAUUAUCUGGAUAUAGUAAUGGCAAUUUUAACCCGCUCCGCUGGUAUUACCCGACCUGACUCGCGAUGGGGCGGGUAUUAUCCGACCCGCAGUAGCGUGGGGUGGGGCAUGGGUAUCUACUUCCGACCCGCCUUGCCCCGCCCUAUUCUAGACUCAUUUUAUCUCAAUUUCUUAAAAUUUCUAUACAUAUUUCUCCUAUUUGGACUUUUCUUCAACAAGUUAGAGACUUAGAGUCGCUCUUUCAGCUUGUUAGACUCAAUUACACAUUCUAUUAUCACUAUUUUUCAUUGUUAAAGUGUUUUUCCCUUUGUUUUAUCGUAAAAACUAAAAUUUAUUUGUAUUUUUUUCGAAUAACAUGUAAGAGUGGGUCGACCAGCCCCGCCCCACCUCGUAGUAGCAUGGGGCGGGACAUGAAAAUUGAGGUACCCGCCCCGCCCGCCCUAUUGCCAUCACUAUCUGGACCCUGCCAAUGAAAACCCAAAUGAUGGAUAUGCCAUCCAACUAAUUUUCCAUGCUUGAAACUCCAAUACAAAACUUCUCAGUACACAUGGAACUAACUUAAUAGAGAAGAGAUCCUUCUAAAUUAAUUAACAAUCUGGCCGCGGAUAUGAUUUGAUUGAUUGGUAUAAACAACUAAACAAGUCACCCAGCUUCCAACGAGAACGCAUAUUUAUAUGGAAAAAAAACAGGAAAACGUGGGAAGAGGGACCCUCGUUUCACAACGUAAUAAUGAAAUAAGCCCACCAUUUUCAUUUCCUUUACUUUCCGCUCCCAUCUAGAACAACCUUGACUUUCACGAAACCCUAAAAUCCGCUCCUCCAUCCUUUAGCUCCUUUCCCUCGGUUUAAUUGCUAAUAUGAUCACCCAACUUAUUCUAGGCGUGUUAUUGCUAUAUUUUUCUGAUCUUCUCUAAACUUAAUUCAUCGUUUCUUCUCUCGGAAUGUGGUCACCUGAACUUAGGGAUCGUUUGGAAGUUGGGAGUCUAUGAAUAUGUGUAUUCUUGCAAUGUAUGUAUUCUAAAUAUAGUGAUUGUAAGAAAUAGAUGAUUGUAAGAAUAUGUUGUUUGUUUAGUAGAUCACAACGAACCAUAAUCGAGGAAAAAAUUAUUUGUUGCUAUAAAAUAUAGAGUGCAACAUGCAUAUGAAUAAUUUCGACACUCUAAAUCUUAGUAAAUAACAAUAGAUAAAAAAGUCAGAGCAUCUCAACUUGCAGUACUAUAACAUCGUAAACACUAACAUAAUGUAAUAUGAAGACAUGAUAUAGUCUCUAUUCUCUAGUGAAAUGGGUUGUUAAUGAAGGAGGGGAUCGGAUGGGAUUCUCAAAAUUAGGAUUGAGACUUGGAUCUUGUUUGGGUUGUCGGGAGAGUGACCGAAUGGACUGCUAAUAUAAUUAACAUGUAUUAAGAAGUCAGUUGGGUCUAUCGUUUGGUACUGCAAAUCGCGGUCUAUACUAGACCAGACCUAGAGAUCAAAACAUCAUAUAAUGCAAACCAUGAAUAAGACUAAACCAUUUUUAACAGUCAACGGUCCGAACCAACCUGUAGUAUACGAUUUGAUCCAUAAUUUUUCAAAUGAUCUGAUCUAUUUUCUCAACAAGUUGCCAACUCGAACUCAGGCAUGAGUCAGCUAAAGUGUCAAGUCUCCUCUACAUAUAUCACUCUUUGUUGUUUCCUCUUAAUUCCAUGAUUAUGAUUAUCCCUUACCUUAGUUUCAAUGUGGGAUAUGACAAAUAUAGUUAAGUUCAGUGACCAAAUGGAACAAUUGAACCCUUUUGUCCUCAAUUGCUCACCAAGAAAAUGACAUCAUCAUUAAAUACUAUAAUCCCUUCUCCACUUCAAACCUCUCCCCUUCUUCAUCAUGGUCAUCAUCAUCAUUCCUCCUUCCUCCAAAUUUUGUCUACCCAACUGAUCUUUCCCUCUCACCAACCAAAUAAUUGUGAACCACAUCCCCCAAUUCCUUUUAUUUCCUCCACUAUUCCUCAAUCCGCCAGUUCCACUUUCGUUUCUCUCUACCCAUCCGGCGAUGACGUUUGGCGAAUUAUACGGCCAGUACGGCGGAACCCGGCGGACCACGGCGGCGGCGGCGGCGCUGGAGAGCUAUCCUUCCAGCUGUGCAGAGGAAUCCAGGCUGGUCAACGACGAUGAAGCCAAUUACUCAUCGGGAGCUUCCACCCCUCCUCUGUGGCGGACCGCAGACUGCCCUGCCUCGCCGGCGAGGCAGGGGUCGGGCAAUGAGAACCAUCACCAGAGCCUCUCCCCUGCUUCAAGAGCUCAAGCAAUCGCCAGAGGACAGAGGGAGCUGAUGGAGAUGGUCAAUCGAAUGCCCGAAGGCUGCUACGAGCUUUCCCUGAAGGAUCUCGUGGAGCACCAGCUCCAAAUUGGAGCUGAUCAUGAUCAGCAGGAAGAGAGAAAUUCGAAUUCGAUCAACGACGGGGGAGAGAUUGAUCGGAAGGUGAAAUUGGGGAAGAAGAAGAAGAAGAGCGAUAUCGGCGAGAAGGGUUAUAAUCCGGCAGCGGCGAAGAUGACCAGAAGUGGGAGCCUGGACAACGGUGGGUUUCUGCUGAAAAUGGGUUGUCCGGUGUAUUCUCUGAGAUCGAGGAGCAAGAUGAAGAAGCAGAGGAAGCAGGGGAAGGACGGAUCGGGGGCUUCGGUCUCCGGCGGGAGCCCGAAGGAUGGAAGGGUUUCGCCGAGGCCUCUGCUGGUAAAUGGAUCUACAGGUCCUGCUACGGCUAGUAAAGGCGGCGGCGCGGAGAGGCACUGGUGGAAAGGUUGUUCUGUGGUGGAGGCGGAGGCAGGGGAGAGCUGCGAAAGCGCGGCGGAAUUCAGCAGCAGCAGUAAUAGCAACAACAGCCGGAGCUCCAAAAGCAGCCGCGGUAGCAACGGCAGUAGAGGCGGCAAUGGCAGAAGAAAUGGCAACAGGCGGAGAAGUGGUCUUUGCUGCCUGUUCGUUUUCUCUAGCAAGGGCAAAGUAGCAGAUUGAGAGUAAAUGGACAGUAAAGGUAAAAAAAACCAAGCAGCUGUACAUUUUUGAGAGGGUUGGCUCAUCUCUUACAAUAAUAUAUAUAUUUAUUUCGACCAAACUAGUAUGCUUUCGAAGCAUAAUAUGCUACAGGUACUCGUCGUAGUGAGAUAUAUACAGUAGAAACGAUAAUGUACACAAAGGAACAAACUCUUUUUUUUACCGCGUUAUUGGUAGGAUUUUUUCCCAUUUAAUUUCAUGUUUUUGUUUCUUUUAUGGAUGGUACUUAUUGGGGAGUUAGGUACUGAUGAUGUUGAGUGUUAUUUAAUCAACAAAAAUUUAACAUUGCACCGUGAAUCCGUGAUUAAGGAUUGGGAAAAUAUAAUGCGUGGAAGUAUUUGAUAAUAGAAGGCAAAUAUGUAAGACAAAUCUAAUCAUAAAUCCAUGAUAUAUCAACUAAACAAAAAAAAUGUACUCUUCUAAAUUCAUAAUGCAACAAAUCCAUCAUAAAUACAAAGGUUUUCAAAACUCAAACGCCUCAUUUUCAAAUCCAACAAACAUACGAGCUCAUAUAGUGUCUAAAGAAAUUUUGAAUGAAAUUGUGCAGCCUACUAAACUAACGAGUCUAGCUCCCUAUUUAUGGAGGUAGAACACAACCAAACCCUUCCUAACCCUACUAGGACAAGGUCUCUCUAUGACUUUGGGCUGAAGCAUGAUCUAAAGAUCGAUGUUUAUUUGGGCUUGGGCCUUGGAGUGGCGGUUUCAUGGGUUUUUUGUGGAAUGAGCCCCUUGGCACCUAAGCAACCUCCCUAAAGAUUUCUCUAUGAUUUGACUACGUAUGCUUUGGCGGCUAGAGGACCCGACACUGGGCCCCCAUUGGUUCUUGGUCUGGUUUGGGCCGAGUCUUCCUCUAUUGGGCUCCUAUUGGACUCUAAUGGUUCCCAAUAGGUUUCUUCGUCAUUGGACCUUGUCAACAUGGAAAAUCCAUAUUUUCUCUCUUUUGCUCCUUAGAUGACUGGUCACAUGCUCACUCAUCAGGGUUGCCAUGAAUUUCUUUAAUGUCAUAGACGACUGGUCACAUGCUCACUCAUCACUCACAAGAUUGCAUUACAAUUUUUUGGUUAAUUUCACUAGAAAGUUCAAACUAUCCAAAAAGUGUCAUUUGUGUUCUAAAUUGUUCAAUAUGACAAAUCUAGCCCGAAUUUUCUGUAUUUUGUGACAUGUGUGUCCUAAACUAUUCAAAAAGUGUCAUUUAUAUCCUAAACUAUAUGAAAAGUGUCCAUGUCAGAUGUCACGUCAAUGUUGACUAGAUUUUAUGUUAAAUUCUAACUGUCAACGCUGGUCAACAUUAACGAAAAAAUAGUUCGUGUUAGAUUUGUCAUAUUGAAUAAUUGAGGACACAAAUAACACUAUUUGGAUAAUUUGGAUAGUUCGUGUUAGAUUUUUUUAUCUUACUGAGAAUCUUAUUUAACGGUAUCUUACUUGUAUCACUAUCUGGUAUGAAUGAAGCAAUCAUAUUUUGUUAAAAAAAAUAAGCAUAUCAAUUACAU